GAAUAGCCUCUCUGCGAGAGUGCAAGUGAGGGUCUGGGUAAAUAAACGUAACCUUGUCCAAGAGCAGUUCGUGAGUACGUUCCUAUUAUCGUGCUAAUCCCUAAUUUUAACAAACACUCAAUGACUUCUAUUUCUAUUUCAAUAUGAUCCCUAAGUGCACCCAUUGUUAGUUUUCCUUUACUGGUCGUCGCUCAAAAACUUCUUGUCUUUAUUUCUAGGAUGGCAAAGUGGACAAAGACGAGGUAUGUUUUACAUAUUUAAUAACGGAGCUCCACGCGCGGCGCGAAGCGCCUCGCGUGGGCGGAGCCCCAUAGCUAAGGAAAUGUGGUAAUCUACCCAUCCGAGAAAAUUUGGUAAUCACGUGACCGUACACCGAGCGAGCGAGCGACCGUCCGUCCGCACCACAGGCAUACCAAUUAUGGCUACCCAAAUGCAACUCAAGGUUUUAUUUGGAAGGAAAUCACAUGGCCGCCCGGACUUUUAAAAAGAAAAAACAACAACAAAGUCGUGUCUUUCUCGGCGUUAUUUUUUAUGUUUACACUAACGUGGAUAACAGAGAAAGAGCUAGAGCGAGUUAUUGAAAACAAAGGAGACGAAUUUCGUAGGAAGAAAGAUAUGGAAAUUCGGAGGUGAGAAAAUGAGAAAUGCUAGCGGCCAGUAAGGUGAAAAUGAGCGGCAGUGAAAAAUAAAAGCGAACAUGAACACAGGAAACAAAAUAUUGAGUAAGCACAUACGACAAUUUCUCCAUAAAAAAAAUGUGUAACCAGGAAGUUUGACGUUUUAGUCGUACAAAACAGCGUUGUAGUGGUGCAAAACAACGGCAAGGGAAAGACAAAAAGCGUGCUGCACGUGCAAUUUUGUUUUUUUCUGAUUAGUAGAAAAAGUGUGCGGCACGUGCAGUUUGUUUUUUGCUAAUUAGAUCUAUUAGUCUUGAAGCCAUUUUGAUUGUCGACCCCGUUUAGCACUGACACGAUAUAAUUUUUUUUGUUUACACGUAUUAUUAACCAGAGCUUCGGUUUAGCCCUGGCUAAAUCUAUAUAUUAAACUUUCACAUAUUCAUUAACUUGUUUCCCUGGGCUUCGAAGUGCCUUCACCAGAGACAUUUGAGAGCGUGAAACACGAAGUGAAACUCUCACGUUUUAUGGAGGACGGAGACAAGGCAACGAUUUCCUUUCCUUUUGUUAAGUUAGAUAUAGGCCUUUUGAAAAUCGUCAACCUAUGACAAACUAGAACACUGAAUAGUUGGGUGAAGUUUUAUUAUUAUUAUUGUUUAGUAUUAUUUAUAUUCACCAAUGUGCGUUAUGUUUGUAGGUGAGAAAGAGAAGACUGAAGGCUUUAGGACGUGACUCUCAGGUAAUCAAAAAACUUUGCGUCUUAAACCAUUAUCGCUAAAACAAACAGCUCUUCCGACCUACGUAUCCUGUGUGCUCCGGGUACUUGUAAUUAUGUAUACGAAAAAAUUACUAAGUUCUGAUUGGCCGAGAAAGGAGUGCAGUUCGUCUGUUACACGAGUGCAAAACUUGUAACACGAGUGCAAAUUACAAAUGGUUUCCGAUUAGCUGAAAACGCAAAAGAAACCACCAAGAACCAAUCAGAUUAGAGCUGUUUUAACAACAAAAUUUAAGAAAAUGGCCAUGGUUUUCAGCAAACGACGAUUUGAUUUUGUACGCGAAACAAAAAUAGAAAAGUUAAAAAAAUGUUCCAAAAACCCGAACACAGUAAAAAGUACGUCUUUCUGGCUAAAUGUAUUGAAAAUGCGGUGCUAAGAGAAAAAUACUGUCAACAAAAUCGAGGAAAAUGAGCCAGAGAAACUAAAAAACAAGCUACUUUUAACAGACUACGCUAAAGUAAAAAAGUAAAGAACAAAAACGGUGGCAACCACACUCAAAUCAUGACAGCUACACUUUUCAGGUAUUUAAAUGAACAAGGAUACAAGUUUUCCAUGAUAACAACAGAGAUUUCAAGUCACGUACGUUAUUUGUAGGAGGAGAAAGGUGUCCGGUUGCUCUCUUUGAGUCUUUUGUGGAAACAUCCAUAGGAUGGUCUGUUUUUUCUUACCUCAGUAGCAAACGAAACCGUAAAUUUAAACAUCUGGUUCGAACUAAACCAAUGGGCGAAAAUACCAUAACUAACAUAAUGAAAGUAUCCGUAGCUGGUACUAGCCUUAAAGAAAGCGAGAAAAAAGCUUACGAAUCAUACUGCAAGAAAAACAACGGUCAGCAAGCUGAAAAAAGCAAAGAUUGUAAGUUCAGAACAUAUCGCCAAUGUCACAGGCCACAGAGGUACAAAUUUCCUUAACGACUACGAUGAAGCCGACGAAGAAAAGUGAAAACCCCAUCGGUGGCAGCGUCGGAAGAAAACAAAUUCCCUCCCUCAUUUUGGGGUUUUAAAUCUCAAAAAAAUUUCUCCAUGCCGGAUCCAGCUAUGAUGGGGUCUCAGGAACAGACGAUGAUGAACAGUCGUUAAACAACUCAGCAAGUGUCUUUCAUCUUUGGCUGCUCGAAGCGUUCUCCUGAUUUCAAAACGGCAGUAUACUUCUUGCAAACGCCGAGCUCUCAUAAUCGAAGAUGAAUUUAAAAACACUUACUUACUGCUGAUUAUUGUAAACCGAGUUAUCUUUAACAGGCUGGUGACCAUAUAAAAUCAAUCCUUGCACAUUUCCAAGUUCUUAGCUGAAUGAUUUUGAAAGCGUUUGUCUUGAAAAAGUUUGAAUUUGACAAAGGUAGUAGUCUGUUUCAGCCAAUCAGUUGAAUGAACUAAAAACGCGCGCCCAGUCAAAAUUUGUUGUUGUAGUUACGUUUUCGUGUACAUAAUCACAUUUUUCGUACUGCCCUAUUAAAUUAUCUAAUUAAGGCUGAAAUCAGGGCAGUUGAUAGCCAAUGAGAUUUCAGAAUUUUGUUAUGAUUAGGAAUAAAAAAAAUUUGAAAAAUUUAGUCGUGCUUAUUUAUUCCAAACUGCACUCGAAGUAAUGUGAUUACCUAAGAAUUUAAUUAUUUGAAUAAUAUGUAUUCAUCUAAACGCAUACUCAUUCUAUCCGCUUUGCAGACAGAAAAACGGGUGCGCACUGAAGAAGAAGUGGUGCCGGCGAAGAGUAAAUAGAAAGGGUGUGUUUGUUAGAUUGUUUUAAAAUUUCAAAAUUAGUAUCUGGUAUCUUACGAUGCAGAAGAUAAUUUGACGCGCGUAUAUUUAAAUAGAUGAACCCGCGUUAAACAUGUAAAGUUAUCACUGUACUGAAUUUUGCUGCAAAAUAUCCUUGAAGUACUUGUUGCUGUAAAAAGUUCUGGUCAUUACUAUUCAGAUGUUUCAAAGCGUAUUUUAUACCAUAACAUCUGUUUUCGUGACAUGUUUAAAACUGGACGCACUUAGAUAAGGCACUUAGAUUGAACGCGAAGCGCGAAAACUGAAAAGUCACUGAAGUUAUCAUCAUUGCUAUUGAAAAAGUGCCAGUUACAUUUAUUAACUAAUUGCCUUCUGUUUGACACGGGUCGUUUUGAAGACAAUGAGACGCCUUUUAUUAAAUUGUGUACCAGGAACGUAUUGGUAACUUCACAGGAGUCGAAGCAUGUCUAGAAUGUCCCAACCCAUUAAUUUUUUUUUCCUUUUCCUAAUGCCCACUAAUUGGGCCAAUGCAUUUUUAUAUACAGUGUAAUAAAAUACCAGUCAGAACGUAUUCCUGUUUACUUAUCAGUUUACAAGUCAACUUCAAGUUCGGUGACGACCGGGUUUGAUGGCUGCAUAAAAUGAGGAAAUGGUCUUUAUGGUGUGCUUACUUGUACAUUUUAAAGAUGUAACCGAUUAGAGUUAUAUAAAUAAUGCAUGUCAACUGAUUUUGGCUUUCAAUAAAAAUUGGUAUUUAU